CCGAUUUCACUCAGGUGGUGUGGACGGGAGUGAUACAGAUGGUCAGUGUUUUGAAUGGAGGCAAGAUAAAAUAUAAAUGCUGCCCGGGAGUGUAUGUUUAAACGAUAACAACAUAGUCAGAAUGAAGAAUGCAAGGACAAGGUGGAGGCAGGCGGAGAGGCAAGUGUAAGUGGUUCAACGUGGCCAAGGGCUGGGGCUUCGUCACGCCGGACGAUGGCGGCCAGGACGUGUUUGUACAUCAGUCUGUCAUUCACAAAAAUGGUUUCCGAAGCCUUGCCGAUGGGGAAGAGGUCGAGUUUGAAAGUGUGCCGUCGGAUAAGGGAGUUGAGGCGACGUUAGUAUCCGGUCCGUCUGGGAUCGAAUGUAGGGGGUCCGAUAGGCGUCCUAUGUCCAGGAAGAAGUUCAGGAAAAUAAGAUGUUAUAACUGCGGUGACUUUGGAAACCACAUUGCUGCUAAGUGUCCUUUUGGACCAUUGCCAAAGAGGUGUCAUAACUGCAAGUCAACCGAUCACCUAAUUGCUGACUGUCCGCUGAAGGACCCCAAUGAGAACAGGGGAUCGCGAAAAGGCAGCGGUAACAGUUUAACCGGAAGUGGUAACGAUUUCCCAGGGGGAGCGGCCGGAUACGCGUGAGCCCCAAUGGUGGGAGAGUCUGCUGAAGCUGGAAACCAAAUCAAAAUUAUUGUUAACAUGUUCUUAGAAUACUUGGUUGUAUAGAAAUGUAGUAAUGACAAUUGUAGCUCAAAAUAGUUGAUUUAUGGUUUGACAUUUUAGCGAACCUUGACGACCCUAAGAGUUUUAAAAGCUAUUCCCGUUAUUCGGUAUUUUUGUUUGAUGAAAAAUGAAAGGAAAGCCAGUAAAGAGAUGUCAAAAUAAUUAUAAAUAUUUUAACAACAAUACCGUGAUUCAAUCUUAUAUUCCCAUAUUUUGCUUUGCAACGUUGUUUGAUUAUUACACUUGAGGCGAUGUUUCUGUCACUUUUGUUAUAUACUUUGUUUUAUAGUAGUGAAUAUUUCUGAUGGCAAGUUUUUUAUGGUUAUCAGAAGUUGCGUUUUAUUUCCUUUUGUUAGUUUAUAUUGUUUUAUCUCGCUUUAUUUUUUACUUUUGCCAUAUAUUUUUGUAAAGUAUGUAGUAACUCAUAUUUGUUAAUUUGUUCUAUAUUUGACUUAUGACGCAUUGUUUUAAAUUUAUUGUAAGGGGCCAGUACAACAAAAAAAGAGAGAUAUAUACACAUUUAUUUUAUGCAAUUGGGAGUAACAUUUCAAAUACAAUUUACAAGGAGUAAAUUUUUGCAAUUUUGGAGAUUAACAAUUUUAAUAUGUUUCAUAUCCCGGUAAACUCCAUCAUGUGCGACGAUGCAUUAUACUUGAUGAACAAUAUUAUUCAUUGGAAAUACAAUGCAAACAUAUGAGGUUCAUAUUUUUUUAAAGACGCUAACAUAAUUCACAUGUGCAGUGGCCAUGUAAUGGACGUUCAUUUUACGCAUUCGGAGAAAAAUAUCAUGAACAUUUUCGUGAAUAUAUAAUUUGUAUAUAGUUAAUGCUGCAUUUAUGCAUUUUACUAAAUUGCCAAGAGUGAAAUUGAUAAAAUGCUUGAUGUAUGUCCCUUUAUUGGCAAACGAGGUAAUUAUAUACUUUUACAUGUUUGAUCUUUGAACAGAUGAGCACAAUUUCACUGUUUAUUGAUUUUGGUAAUUGUUUUAUUGUUAUUUCGAAAGUGUUUCCUUAGAAGAUCUUUAUAAUUGACAGCAUUACUCAUCAAAAUCACCUUGUUCGUAUUACUGUUAUUUUGAUUGGUGAUAUGAUUUCCAAAAUGAUAUUGCAUUACCCAAAGAUGUGUUACAAAGGCAGCUUUAACCAAACGAGCGAGAAUAAUGACAGUUACUGGGUCAAAAUUAUCAUGUUUAUAUACGUUAAUAUUGUUUGUAUAAGUUAGAUAAAUGAUUUACAGAUGGGAUCAGAAUUUGCAUAUAAUUCCGGCGGCUAAUACAAAUUAUUAUUUUUAUUUAGUGGCCAUGCGUGAAUUUUCGUUUUACUAUAUGUGUGGGCUAAGUAAUAUUUAAUUGAUGUGUGCAUUGUGCGAUCUUGUGUAUAUCGCAUUUUAAAAACGUACCUUUCUAGUGUUCACUCAUGUUUAAAGAUAUUAAGAUUUCAUCCAGUUGAAAUUUGUACCAAUGCUGUACGUAACCAACAUGAUCAUGGUAUAGACAAUCUGAGGACACGAUAACUUACAGAUAAACUGCAGAAAAGCUGGCAUUUAGUGCUGGAACCAUUGUAUGUUUUGUCCUAGUUCGCGAAUAUAUACCUGGCAUUGACCUGUAAGCAUUUAUAUCAGCCGCGUUCUGA